AUGGCUAUUAUCGACUAUAAUCAAAGGGCUUCCUCCUUCAGCAUGGUCGCCUUGGAGGACAGGUUCGAGGUGAUCAAGGAGAUCGGAGAUGGCAGUUUUGGAAGCGUACAUCUUGCCAGAGUAAGGGCAAACGGUGCCAAUGUUGCUCGGCGCAAUACGAUGGUUGCGAUCAAGACGAUGAAGAAGACGUUUGAGUCUUUUUCACCGUGCCUGGAACUCCGAGAGGUCAUCUUCCUCCGAACCCUGCCAACACAUGCUCACCUCGUCCCUGCUCUGGACAUCUUCCUCGACCCGUACAGCAAAAAGCUCCAUAUCUGUAUGGAAUACAUGGAUGGUAAUCUUUAUCAAUUGAUGAAAGCCCGCGACCACAAGUGUCUGGAUGCCCGAAGUGUGAAAAGUAUCCUUUACCAGAUCCUUUCGGGCCUCGAGCACAUCCACUGUCACCACUUCUUCCACCGUGACAUCAAACCGGAAAACAUUCUCGUCUCUUCUUCCGCCCCUCACGAUUCUCAGUCCUCAUUCAGCAGAUACUCUUCCCUUGUCACGCCUCCAUCCACCCCGCCGACAUAUUCCAUCAAGAUCGCAGAUUUUGGUCUAGCUCGAGAGACGCAUUCAAGAUCACCAUACACUACCUAUGUCUCCACGAGAUGGUACAGAGCUCCCGAGGUCCUUCUACGGGCGGGAGAGUAUUCCGCUCCUGUCGAUAUUUGGGCUAUUGGUGCUAUGGCAGUUGAGAUCGCAACCCUGAAGCCCCUCUUCCCCGGAGGCAAUGAAGUCGACCAAGUCUGGCGGGUAUGUGAAAUCAUGGGUAGCCCUGGCAAUUGGUACACCAAGUCUGGCACCCGUGUCGGGGGCGGUGAAUGGAGAGAGGGCACAAAGUUGGCCCAAAAGCUAGGCUUCUCGUUCCCCAAAAUGGCCCCUCAUGCUAUGGAGACGAUCCUUCAGCCUCCCCAGUGGCCUUUGGCGUUUAGCAACUUUGUAACUUGGUGCCUGAUGUGGGAUCCCAAAAACCGGCCAACUUCAAGACAAGCCAUGGAGCAUGAUUUCUUUACAGAUGCUGUUGACCCGCUCAGACCCAAGUCAUCCUCAAGGCUACUGGGCCGGAAACACUCAGAUCUCAGUUUCAGGUCCAAGGAUACUGCCGAAACACCUACCAUCACGUCCAAACCUUCCUGGUUCCGGAGAUCACUCAUCGCACGGGAGAGCGCCCCUGCUGUUCCUCAACAUAACCCUGAGUCCAAAGUGGUACAACAACAAGAGCCUGAGAGUGUGGUCAGCAGACUCCGACCCCAGGCGAACAAGCGUGCAACGUGGACCAAUGGCACAAAUCCUAUCGGGGCAGCACCAAUGCCCAUUUUACCUUCCAUUCGACCCAUUUCGCCCCUGCCGAAUGCUGUUACCGCCCAAGCAAGUUCCGCCUUUACUUCUCAAACAGAAUCGAAGCCUAGUUCCAAGGCAACGGAGGAGAAGUCGAAGAAGAUUGGCAGGCAGCUGUCGCUUAAUUCCCAUGGCAACCACUACGCGGAUAUUCACCGACAAGAAGCCGAGCGCGCAUUAAAUGCCAACAGUGGCUUGGUCUCACCACCUAGCGGCCAGAAGGAGAGCUUCUUCUCGCAUUUACGGAAGCGAGCGAGACGCUUCUCUGGCAGACAUGGCUUGGCAUCACCAAGUGGUGAUGAUGUUGAAGCGAAUGCCGCGAAUGUACCAUGGUCAAAUAGGUCCUCUCUCAUGGUCGAUAGUGUCAUCCCUGAGACCAACCAAGACUUUUCGGAUCUUGACAAGAUCCUACAAAAUGUGAGGUAUAGUCUGGAUCGUGAAGAGGCAGAAGCGGCCUCGAGGAGCCAUUCGAACAGCAAGAACAACCAAGGAUCCUUGAAGAGGACUCACUCCGUGCCUCGUUCAGAAGGUCGACGGUCCAGCGAAAACCCCACACCAAAUGCAACCAAUUUGACGACUCGGGCACGGCGUCCUCCCGUUCAAGCCAAUCAAUACGAGACGCCUGAGGAGGCCGACGAACUGCUGGAUGAAGCUCUGAGGUCGGCCAACCGGGCCGUGAGACGCCUAGACCAAAACACGAAUACAAAAGAACAGCCACAACGACAGGUUCUGGCACAAAAGGAUUACCAUCGACAGUCACUACCACACAUAUCGAGCAACCCUACCCUUCAAGGUGCAUACUUGACACCAUCGCCAUCCGCAAAAAGAAAUGGUGUGCAAUUCAAUGCAACGCCAGCUCAACCUUUGAAUAUUACCAAGAAACGCAACGACAACGAGCAUGUAAACUCCCUUUGGCCGACGCCGCCUUACGAGGAAAAUGAAUGGGGAGCAGCGGCUGCCAACUCUAUUUUCGCAGCUGGAUCGUCUAUCUAUCGAUAA